GGGGGAGUCGCUGCGCAUGCGCCGCUGCCGACGCCGUGCCAGGAAGGUGCAAUUGUCUGUGUGCCCUCUCUUCCUUGAGAAAUGUCCAAUGUUUCCAGUUACGCCCUUCGAAUGGCUCGGCUGAGUGCUCAGAUAUUUGGAGAUGUUGUCAGGCCAACUGACUCAAAAUCAAUGAAAGUAGUGAAGUUAUUCAGUGAGCAGCCUUUGGCCAAGCGGAAGGAGGUCUACAGCUGGUAUCCUCCUCACAAUACCUACUAUGGCCUCAUGAAGAGACUCCGUUACUUUGGUCUCUACAGGGAUGAGCAUCAGGACUUUAAAGAUGAGAUGAGGCGACUGAAAAAACUCCGUGGGAAGGAAAAGCCAAAGAAGGGGGAAGGAAAGAGAGCUCUUAAGAAGAAAUAGUGCUGCUUGGACAAUAGAAUGAACUGCUCUGGAAAUGCUGGGCAACAGCUGCGACCCAGGCUUUCUGUUCCCAUCUGGAGAGGGCUUGGAUGUGAGCUGCAUGUGGGGCACAAGAAACACUGUGAAAUACUGGAGUGUACCUUGGGAGUACACUUGGGUUUUCAUGGCUUUACUGGUUUUGAAUUUCUGUCAUUUAAAUACACUGCAGCAUGUUAAUUUGUCAGAGACCUCUUGCCCAAGUAGUAAAAACUAUUAACAAAGUAAGUGCUC